UCAAAACAAUACUUCACGAAAAUCCGCACAUUUUAAUUUCGCAGUAUUUCGGAUUGAUAAUGGAAGUCGAUUCUGCCGAUUCGAAAGUUCCCAAACAGUUGAAAGGAAAAAAGAAAAAGAAGUUCUAUACAAAAAUAAGAGAACAGAUGGAAUUUUACUUCAGUGAUUCAAAUUUAGCUAGAGAUAACUAUCUUCAAGAUCUUCUUACAAAAAAUCCAGAAGGCUAUGUUGAUUUGGAGGUUUUCAAAUCUUUUAAUAAAAUCAAAGAGAUGACAGAUGAUGUAAAUGCAAUAAUUGCAGCACUUUCAAAAUCAACAGUUUUACAGGUAAAUGUAGAAAAAACGAAAGUGAGACGCAUUACUCCUAUGGGGAAACCAAAAGAUUUUGAUGCUUGUACUCUUUAUGUUGAAAAACUUCCACCUCAUGCAGACCAUAAAUGGAUUAAGGAUGUUUUUGAACCUUUUGGUAAAGUGGAUUACAUCAAUAUUCCCAGAUAUAAGGUUUCUAAUAAGACCAAAGGCUUUGCUUUUGUUGAAUUUAGUGAUCCUGAGAGUGUCCAAAAAGCAUGUGAGUUUUAUAAAAAAUCAUCUGGGAAGGAAAACACUGAAAGUGAUGACCAGUGUACUGAAAGCAAAUCAAAUUUAGAUGAAUCACAAAAAAAUGAAACCUGUCCAGACAAAGAGAGGAAAGCAAGAAAAAGAAAAAUGAGUUCAGAUGCAGAUGAACCUCCUCAUAAGAAAGAAGGUAGUGCUUCUGGAAUGAAUUCUUCAAUUAAAGAUCAUGGAAAAGAACAAAACUCUGGUAGUGAAACUGAAAAAAAGCAAAGGGAUCGGAAGAGACAACAUGAUGCUGGUGAGGAUUAUCAAAAACCUCAUAAGAAGCUAAAAGAAUCCGAUUCUGAACAUCCAACAGAAACCUCUGAGGCCGAAGGUACUGAAACUGAAAAACACCAGUCUUCUGUUGUAGAAAACCGAAGUGAUCUGGAAGCUGCUAAUUCUGAAAAUGAAGGUGGUAAAAUUAAGAAAAAAAGGAAACACAAAAAGAAAGGUCAUCACAAUUCAGAAAAGCCAGUAUUAAGAGUCAUGUCAAAGCAUGAAUGGAAAGCAUAUCGCAACAAAUAUCUAAAUCUGCAACGAUCUACCAUGUCUUUUCUCAAGAAACAGAUUAUGAUGGAAGCACAAGAACUAAAAGAACAAGAUCCAGUAGAUGAAAAGCCAGACAAUGAAACCUCUAAUAAAGGCCUUCAUUUUCAACCUGGAGUUAUCAUAAAAAUCACACUUAAAGAUUCAAUAACUGAUCUAUCAAAUUUCAAAGAAAAAGUUAAAGCUGCAGCUCAUGUAGCUUACAUUGAUGCUCAAUUAGGACAUUCAGAAAUGUUUAUUCGAUGUCAUACUCCAGAAGAAGCGAAUUUUAUAAUUCAAGAAAAGAAGUUUGAUAGCUUUGGAACUGUGAGCUUAUUAGAAGGUACAGAAGAACAAUCAUACUGGACCAAAAUACAAGAAGACAGAAAGGCCAAAUUUAGCCUACCUCUGGUACGCAAGAAAAGAGGUCGAGAUAAGAUUAUAGCCAAAGCAGCAAAACUAGCAGAACAUAAAAAUAAGCAUGUUUAUUUCGAUGAGUGAUGAAUAAAUUUAUGAAUUGCAAUGUACAUAUUUUUUACAUGUGAAUAAAAAUUAGUCAAAUUUC